AUGGCAGUAUGCUUUGCCCUUUAUAACAGGCUGAAGAAUGCAGUCAGUGAAAAUUAUUCAUUGUCGACCGAGAAGAUGAGCAAAGAGUCCACGAAAAUAGAGACAACAAGAAAAGAGAAUAUAAAGAAGGGCCUCAUUACAUCUCCAAAAACAACUGUGAUUACGACUACAACAAAAGAAACAACUGUUGAUGAUGCCCUUAGUUUUGAAAAGGAUGAUCAACUUGUUGAUGAAGAGACUGAGGCACGGAUAAUAUUCAACUAG